AGUUUGGGACACGUAGCUGUUUUCUCCGGACGGACUCCCGCUUCCGCGGCCAUGUCGAGGUCCAGUCGGCGGUACAAGUCUCUGCAGCAGAGCGGCACCGGCUUCGCUCCAUGUGACCGGGUGCGCAUGACCCGAGCCCGCGUGCUGCUGCUCUGUCUCCUCGGUGUCCUGGUUCUGGUGGCGGUGCUCGGUGUUUACCUGUCCUAUGAGACCGCCGAGGCUCAGGUGGACCGCGUGGCGGUACCGGCUGCAGACCUGAGCAAGGAGAGGUCGUCCCACAAACUCAGCAAAGUCUCUGCGGCUCAAAUCCACCGUCUGGCCUCCCAGGUGGACUCCUUUCGGCUGUGGGAGACUCACCUGCGGCCGAUCCUGAUUGAGAGGCUCCCCGGGACGAAAGGCAGCCUUGCUGUACGGCAGCACAUCACCUCCACCCUCUCCUCGCUGUCUGCCAGCUGGUCCGUAGUCCUGGACUCCUUUCGGUCUCCGACCCCUCGUGGUCAGGUCACCUUCACCAACGUCGUAGCGACUCUGGACCCCAUGGCUCGGCGGAGGCUCCUCCUUGCUUGCCACUAUGACUCGAAGGCGCUACCUCCAGACCCGCAGGCCCCAGACAAGGUGUUUCUGGGAGCCAGUGACUCUGCAGUGCCCUGUGCUAUGAUCCUGGAGCUGGUCACCUCUCUGGAUGCACAACUCAGAUCCUUCAAACAGCAGAAACUCCCGGUGACUCUGCAACUUGUGUUUUUUGACGGCGAGGAGUCGUUUGAAGAAUGGACCGCCACAGACUCGCUGUAUGGCUCCCGUCACCUGGCUGAGCUCAUGGCGAACACGCCUCACCCCGCAGCCUCCUCACACAUCACCCUGCUCCAGGCCGUGGACCUCUUUGUGCUGCUGGACCUGCUCGGUGGUCCCAAUCCGCUGAUUGCAAAUCACUUCGAUAACACGGCACAAUGGUUCGACCGCCUGAUCGCUGCAGAGAAGAGGCUCCACCGUCAGGGUCUCCUGACGUCCCACCCGUCGGAGCAGACAUACUUCAGGAAGGACGUUUACCUCGGACCUGUGCAAGACGACCACAUCCCCUUCCUUCACAAAGGCGUCCCUGUGCUUCAUGUCAUCGCCACUCCCUUUCCUCAGUUCUGGCACACGCUGGACGACUCGGAGGAGAACAUGCACCGUCCGACCGUGGAGAACCUCACUAAAAUCCUGGCUGUGUUUCUGGCUGAAUACCUGGGUUUAUGAACAGAAACUAUUAAAUGGCUGAGGUGGAGAGCCCAGAUCAUGAGAGUCUCUGGUGAGACAAACUAAACGGGACAAAGCGGACACUAAGGAUAGGGAUGUCCUCAGUUUGGAGGGAAGAAUGAAUCUGGCGUUGUGUCAACAUCCUCAGAAGCUCCUGGAAAUG